UUUGCACUGUCCAUCUACACAUCCUACACUUCUUUUGCCACCUUCUCCUUAUUCCCCGCGCUUUCGUUAAUCCGACCUGCAUAGACACGGCGCCCCUGUCGCGGCUCAACGCUAAUGGUACUUGCCCGAGUGGCUAACUUUUUUACCACCGGAGAACCCACGCACAGCCUGGUAGAGGAGGGGAGAAGAGAUGUUGUCGACACAAUGGCAAGCAUCGCAUCUUCAGCGACACAUACGGCGAAGGUCGUAGCUGAGGAAAUAGAGGAUGAUGAGGGUCGACCGCCGUAUCUCCAUGCAAUGUUGGCUGGAGGUCUUGGAGGGCUGACAGGCGACAUGCUUAUGCAUUCACUUGACACGGUGAAGACGCGGCAACAAGGCGACCCACACAUGCCUCCGAAGUAUACGUCCAUGGGCAGCACAUACUCUACAAUUUGGCGACAAGAAGGGUUCGUUCGAGGUCUGUACGGCGGUGUACAGCCUGCGUUUUUGGGCUCUUUUUGUGGAACAGUCUGUUUCUUUGGAACAUAUGAGUACAGCAAAAGACUCAUGAUCGACAACGGCGUUACACCGUCUGUUGCAUAUUUUACGGCCGGUCUUUUGGGAGAUCUCGCUGCUGCGCCCUCCUACGUACCAUCCGAAGUCUUAAAAACACGCCUGCAAUUGCAGGGUCGACACAACAACCCCUUUUUCAACUCAGGCUACAACUACCGCUCCACUAUUGACGCCGUGCGCAUGAUCGUAAGAACAGAAGGGUUCAGUGCGUUGUUCCAUGGUUACAAAGCGACUCUAUGGCGAGAUCUUCCGUUCUCUGCCUUGCAGUUCACAUUCUACGAAAAGGAGAGGGAUCUAGCGAAGAGUUACAUGGGCUCAAAUAACAUCGGUCUUUUGCUGGAGAUAGCAACAGCAGCCAGCGCAGGAGGAGCAGCAGGUGUUAUAACCACACCCCUGGAUGUGGUGAAGACGCGCAUUCAGGUUCAGCAACCGGGACUUCCGGACGCAUCGAAAUACCCGGCGAAGCCCACGAUCACUCCCGCAUCCUCCUCAAAACACACGUCUGCCUCUCAAUCUACAACUACACACGCAUCGCAAAGUAGACCGAUCUCAACCUCAGGGCCAUCGACGACCCUGAAGGCCCAUGGCGCCGCAACGCUUGACACAUCAUCCGUUUACACUGGCCUGAAGAUAAUAUACAAGACAGAAGGAAUUGCUGGGUGGUUCAGAGGCGUUGGACCAAGAUUCGUGUGGACGAGCGUGCAAAGUAGCACAAUGCUGGUACUGUAUCAGACAUUGUUAAGAUACUUUGAGCAACAUCCGCUUGGGAAUAUGGACAAAGGAUUGUAAUAUACUGUACCACUAUGUCAAGAUAAGCGAUUUGGAUUGAGCAUUACAAGACAUGCAUCGGCGGCGUUUGGGCUCGCCGAAGAAGCGAUAGAUUAGAACGGGCUUUGGCCCUCAAUUACACAAUUCAAACACCUCAGAUCGGUAACAACAGC